AUGCAAAAAUUCCUAAUUUUCUCGCUGAUUUUUGGCUUGGCAGCGGCUGUGGAUAGUUCGACUACUGUAACUGUGCCAACAACCAGUGAGUACUGUAAAUCAAAGGUUACUGUAGCUGGAAAAUCCACGUUUUUGGACACCAAAUGAGCCUAGGGUUACUGUAGAUACUGUAGAUCAAAAUUUUUUCCAGCCGCAAUUUGUCAAGACGCCUCCGGCGUCAACUGUCAACUCUACAUUUCGCAAUGCAGUGAUCCAAACUACAAGCCACUUUUGUCGGGGUACGGUAGAUUACUGUAGCUCCUCAAAAAUCCACGUUUUUUGACACCAAACAAGCCCAGGAUUACUGUAGAUUUUGGCGCCAAAAUUUAAAUUUUUUGCAGAAAAUGCGACAAAACUUGCGGAUUCUGUGGACCAAAAUUGACGACCACCAAACCCAACACACCGUGUGUGGAUAGCGCGUCAAAGUAGGUCAAAAACGCGUGUGUGCCACGUGUCACCUGUGUCAUACUGUACCAAUUGUUUCAGCUGUGUGAAUUGGGUCAAAAAUGGAUUCUGCACCAAUACAUUCUACAAUUGCACCCAACGCAAACAAUAUUGCGCUAAAUCUUGUAAUUUGUGUAAUACUAAUUGUUAA